GAACUCGGUUUCCCAGAAGCCCUUGCGUCACCUCAACUUACAGAACUGGCUUCUUGGAGGCUUCGGGAGUGUUUCCCAUUUAAACAAACAGUGCCGAAGAUGGCGGAGAGUUAAUGGUGUAAAGAAGAAAUUACCGAGCCGGGUGAAAGAUUCGUUCACAAGGUUGGUGACUAAAGUCUAAUUUAUGGUUCUCUGCAUCGGUACGGAGACACGCAACGCCAUUAUCCAUCGUUGCGAGGGCUCUCCGACAGGCUCACAAGGACGGAUGGAGUUGAGCCCACCUUUCUGAACAUCGACUGAGAAUGCAAGCUUGUGAUUGAGGCGACUGUUCAUCCCACAUAGGACCACGCCCCCAGAGUGAGGGGAGGUGGGGCAUCUUACCGUCUGUCAUCUUGGCGCUGUCAAAAGGUGCUGAUAUGUGUUCACGAUGAGCGGACUGGGGGAGAACUCCAUGGAACCUCUGAGCUCAGAAAACCGGAAACGGAAGCUCUCCACGUGCGACACGCCCAGUCUAGGGUGCGAGAGGAAGCGUCGGGAGCAGGAGAGCAAAUACAUAGAGGAACUGGCGGAGCUGAUCUCAGCCAACCUCAGUGACAUCGACAGCUUCAACGUCAAACCGGACAAAUGCGCCAUCCUCAAAGAGACGGUGCGCCAGAUCCGUCAGAUCAAGGAGCAGGGAAAAGCUUCAUCCAACGACGAUGACGUUCAGAAGUCAGACGUGUCCUCCACUGGUCAGGGGGUCAUCGACAAGGACCAUCUGGGACCACUUCUUCUACAGGCUCUGGACGGUUUCCUGUUCGUGGUGAAUCGGGAGGGCAGCAUCGUGUUUGUGUCGGACAACGUGACUCAAUACCUGCAGUACAAACAGGAGGAGCUGAUCAAUACCAGCGUGUACAACAUCCUUCAUGAGGAUGACAGGGAGGACUUCCACAAGAACCUGCCUAAGACCAGCAUAAAUGGAGUGCCGUGGGGAAACGAGGCAAUCCGACAGAAGAGUCACACCUUCACUUGCCGGAUGCUGGUCAAGUUUGGCCACGCCCAUGGGCCCAUGGAGGAGGGGCCAGGAGGACCGCGUUAUGAGACCAUGCAGUGUUUUGCUCUCACUCAACCCAAAGCCAUGAUUGAGGAAGGAGAAGACCUUCAGUCAUGUAUGAUCUGCGUGGCCCGUCGGGUCACAGCCAUGGAGAGAACGGAGAGUUUCAACACUCGACAUGAGCUCUCCGGUAAACUGAUUCAGAUCGACCAGUCGUCUCUGCGAGCAUCGAUGCGUCCGGGCUGGGAGGAUUUGUUGAGGCGUUGCAUCCAGAUGUUCCUGCAGCACAGUGACGGUCAGCCCUGGUCGCACAAACGCCACUAUCAUGAAGCUUUUCUCCAGGGCCAUGCCGAGACUCCCUUGUAUCGCUUCUCCCUGUCCGACGGCACUCCGGUCACCGCCCAGACCAAGAGUAAACUGUAUCGACACCCCAUGAGCAACGAGCCGCAAGGCUUCAUCUCCACUCACCUGCUGCAGAGGGAACCCAACGGUUACCGCUCAGCAACGAGUGGGAACAUGAUGCGACAGCAGGGGAUGGGCGGAGCUAACUUGAACACUCCAAUGAAUGUAAAUGCAGGUGGAGGGAUGGGGAUGGGAGGCAUGGGCAGUAUGAACAGAGGCUUCGGCAUGACGGAGCAAGGCCACAUGGGCCACAUGGGACCAAUGGGUGGUGGCUCCAUGUACGGAGGGAAUGGUGGAGGAGGAAGCGGUGGAGGCAUGGGCGGUCGUAUGAUGCAGAUGAAUCAGACGUGCCAGAUGGGUCCCAUGAAUCACCAGGGCCAAAGCAUGCAGCAGCACCCUCAGCAGCCCCUGUUUCAGAGCAGCGGCGGCUUUGGGCUCAGUGGCAUGAACAGCCCAUCAGGAAGCCCUAGAAUGGGCGGCCCCCAGCAGGGACUACUGAUGUCCCCCCGGAACCGGGGAAGCCCGAAGAUGGGUGCCAACCAGUUCUCCCCUGGAGGAAUCCACUCUCCCAUGAGCGGCAUGAGUAGUGGGGGAGGAGGUGGGGGGAGCAACUGUACCUUCUCCAGCAGCUCUCUUAAUGCUCUACAAGCCAUCAGUGAAGGAGUAGGAAGCUCACUCCCUUCCACUCUAACAUCCCCCUCGCCAGUCCACAAACCUGACAGUUCCCCCAGCAUCCACUCCUCAACUCAAUCCUCCCAGCAGCUCAAACCAGGCCAAGAUGGCUCCAAAAGUCCGGCGGGCGGUUUAGGACCUGGGCCUAGCGACCAUCACCUCACUGUGCACCAUCACCACCAUCAUCAGCAUCCUUCAGCUGAGAGUUCUGGAGAUCGAGCAGACAGCCAGGCAGCGACGGCGACUAAAGAGACCGGAGAGGGAAGCAGCGAGACGGGGGCGUCGAGUUCAGACCCCCCGCGGAGGCUUCCAGACAGCAAGGGACAUAAGAAGUUGCUGCAGUUAUUGACAUCUCCUACUGAGGAGCUGGGAAUAGGUGGAAGCGGGCCACCUGCACCACCCCCACCAAGCAGCAGCAGCACUCCUGUUGGCCCAGACAGUAAGGACACUAGCGGGGGCAUGACCAGCCACUCAUCCACAGGAGUGUCCUCUUCAUCAGCCAGCGCGGGGCUAGCGGUCGGUCAAGGUGGUGCAUCCACUCCAGCUCAUUAUACAGGUUCUCUGCAGGAGAAGCACAAGAUCCUCCACAAACUUCUUCAGAAUGGAAACACUCCAGAUGAAGUGGCUAAGAUCACAGCCGAGGCAACAGGAAAGGUGUCGCUGGAGGGCCAGGAGGGAGGCGAGGGCGGAGCAGGGGGUUCAGGGCCUGGGUCAGGCCCUGGGUUAGUAGCAGACCCCAAGCAGGAGCAGCAUAGCCCCAAGAAGGAAAAGACCCAUGCUCUCCUCCAUUACCUCCUAAACAAGGACGAUUCCAAAGAGCCUGUGGAUGUCAAACCCAAACUGGAAGACUUGGAGGGAAAUAGGCCGUCGGGGGCUACAGGUGGCUCUGUGCCCGAACACCCUGAGAGCAAGAUCAAGUCAGAACCACCUGAUGAUUUGCACAACCUGGAGUCGAUCCUGGGAGAUCUCAGGGGGUCAAGCUCGGACUUUUACCCCGAUCAAGCUGGGGUUGGGGGGCCGAGUGAAACGGGAAACAAACCAUCGGGUUGCCUAGACGACGGCCUGCAGGGCAGUCCAGUGAUGGGUCCAGGGCCUCGAGGGCCUUUCCAAAGGGCCAUGUCCAUGGAAGGGAAGCCUCCCGGUGGGCCUGGGGGAGCAGGUAGACGACCCACGCUUAUCAAACAGGAGAACAUGAUGGGCAGUCCGGACCACUGCCCAGGAAACAUGGGAACAAUGAAUAGAGGCAUGAUUCCCCAGAGGUCCCCAAUGGGGGGUUCAGGAGACUGGGGCAAGCCCCGUUCUGGUGCCAGCCCUGUGGGUUCAGCAGGACAUCCAUCCAUGAUGCGGCCGGGCAUGGAGUACAACAACGGGAAGAGCAUGGUGUCAGGACCCAUGGUGGGCCGCUCCAACAGCGUUCCAGGAGCCCGCUCCAUGCUGCAGCAGCAGCUCAUGGAUAUGGGUGGUCCUACUGACAUGGGGAUGGGCGUGAGCCCCUACAGCCAGCAGGGCCAGCCCAGCCAGUCCUCCUCCUGGCUGGACAACAUGGUGAGCAUGGAGGGCAACAGGCGGCAGUUUGGCAACCCCUUGGAUGACCUUCUGGUGGCCCCCACCACCAGUGAGGGUCAGAGCGAUGAGCGGGCGCUCCUAGACCAGCUGGAUUCACUGCUGAAUAACGCAGAUGGAAUCGCUUUGGAGGAGAUAGACCGAGCUCUGGGCAUCCCGGAUCUCGUCAGCCAGACCCAGGGAGGAGAGCAGCAGCUGGAGCAUUAUUCAGGACAGGACCCAUCCAUGAUGCUGGACCAGAAGCCUCUAUAUGGCCAGGGCUACCCCGGACCCCCCACCAUGCCGAUGCAGACAGGCUACGGAGGGAACCCCAUGCAGGGUCAGGGCCAACAGGGAGGGUUUGGCCCUAUGCUCUCACCACUGGGUCAAGGUGGCAGCUUCCCUGGUAUGGGUGGGAUGGGGGGCAUGGGUCAUCCUCGUGCCAACAUGAUGAGACCACGAAUGAUGAGCGCCAACAAGCCCAUGAGGCUGCAGCUGCAGCAGAGGCUGCAGGGUCAACAGUUCAUGAAUCAGACUCGUCAGGGCAUGGCUAUGAAGAUGGAGAAUCCGGGUGGAAACAUGAACAUGAGGACCAACAUGCAGUCUGGCAUGGGAGGGCAGCAGGGUUUCCUAAGCGCUCAGAUGAUGGCCCCUCGCAGGGAUAUGGUCACCAUGCAGAUGAGAAGGCAGCGUAUGAUGAUGCUGAUGCAGCAGCAGCAGGCGGCGGCAGCAGCUGCAGGAGGAUUCAGCCCCCCUCCAAAUGUCACAGCUCCUGGUGGCAUGGACACCCCAAUGGGGGGGCCAAACAUGGGCCAGCCAGGACCCCAACAGUUUGGCUACGGCAGUAACUACGGGAUGAGCCAGCAGGGAGACCACUCUUUUGGACCAUCAGGUGGCAGUCCCCCUAAUGCCAUGAUGCCCAGCCGCCUUGGGCCUCAGAAUCCCAUGAUGCAGCAGCACCCUCAAAGCGGACCCAUGUAUCAGGGAGCUGAUAUGAAAGGCUGGUCUCAGGGAGGCAUGGGACGUAACAGUUCUUACCCCCAGCAGCAGUUUGGGCCUCAGGCACCCAUGGGGCAGCAGCAGUUUGGCCAGCAGGGGAAUCCGGGGCAGUAUGGUGGCAUGAUGAUUAAUGGAGGCAUGCCGGCUGGUGGAGGGGGAGGUCACAUGGGCCAGAUGAGUGGGCAGAUGGGCAUGAACCCAAUGGUGAUGGGACGCAUGCCCAUGGGGCCCGAUCAGAAAUACUGCUGAACGACGCGACUGGAGCUUUGGUCUCACUGUGAUCCCCUCCCAGAGAUGGCCGACGGCUGCAGAUCUGGAGAGUGAGGAUUAAAGUGUCCUAGGUGGACAGUUGUGUCACUCUGACAGCCUGAGGAACAAAACAACAGACUCUCAUGAAGAUAUGCAUCACUGAUAAAAACCCAAUAAACUCUUACUGUUUUGCACACACACACACACACACACACACACACACACACACACACGCAAGUUCAUUUUUCUAUCCAUAUUAGGACUUUGUAUUGACUUCCAUUCAUUUUAGUAACUGCAUUUAUGCCUAACCUUAAUCCUUACCCUAACCAGUGUAUUCAUAAACAAAAACUCAUUUCAUGUCUUACCUCUAAACCUCACCCCUAAGCCUAAAAUAGGGGUCCACCAUAUUAGGACCAGGUUUUGGUCUUCAGAAGAUUAGUGAAUAUGUCAGUUUUGGUCCUAAGUAGAAUAGUUAAACAAGUACACACACACACACCCACAGAGGAAGACUAACAAAAGCAAAUCGAGUGAUCUAUCAGGUGAUGGGUGGCACAACAAAGGUUUUGUUAAUUCGCCCACUUCCUCUCAUCCCGUUGAAAUGUUUCCCAGACCCUCCCCGGUGUCCUCCCUUCACCUGAAGACCUCUCAUGGACCGUACAUUAGCAUUUCUCUCUUUUGGAGUGUGUCUCUGUAUACACACGCCCAUUUGUUGGACCAAACGGUGAAGUUGGUUCACACAGAAACAUGUUUAAACAACUUCUUCCUUAUCGAAUGUACCAUGCAGCUGGAUUCAGAUAUAAACAUGUUGAUCCUGAACUCUGUGGGAUGAAACAGCCUCCAUCUUUGCUGCUGCUGGAGGAUCUCUGUAGACAGCUCUGGUGGAGGAGCCCUCAGAUGGUGGCGUUCACAUGAAUGUCAUUAAGUAACAGCACAUGGUUUCGUCCUCCAGGAUGCCGUUUAUUGUGACUGAAGUACUUGUUGGCUGAUUGCACUUUAAGAGAAAGCCAACAUCAAAAGGAUCGUGGCAAUAUAGAGGCCUUUACAUGAGAAUUAAUACAUAGCAGCAGACAUUUCCUGAUUCUUCUUCCUUGUUUGUUUUGUUUUGUGUGUUUUCCUUUCAAAGAAAAAAAGAUUUGUAAACGAGUAACUGUGGCAGUUUUGGUUCUACAGCGAGAAACGACAGGAAGCACAGAUUUUAUCCAUUUAUAACAGCAAGAAAAAGAGUUUUUGUAUUUCUCCUAAAUUAUUCUCCUAGUCAGUAGUUCUACGGAUUUAUGAAGUGAUGGGUUGAUAUCUUGAAAAGUCAUUUUUAAAUCAAAGUUAAAAUAUUUUUGUUAUUUUUAAUGAAUUGUAGGAGUAAGAAAACAAUUAACGUCACGAUUAAAAAUAUGAAAAAUAGACAAAUUAUAUUCACAUUCUGAUCGAUUUGUGCAUACAGACGAUGAACGUGCAGAAAAAAACUCAAUUGCCAAGCAUCCAAUGAAAUUUGUUCACAUUAAGAGAUAAGAAGCGCUUGUAUUUUUUUAAAUUGGCCUGACAAACCUGAGCAAUAAUCCUUCCUCCUGGUUUUCUCUGAUAACAAAGCUGAAGCAUUGUUCACUCACAGCGACGGUACUGCAGUAUUAGACCUGAUGUCUUGUUUGAAGCCUUUUUCCUCCUUUCUGUGAAUAUGAAUUGUAAAUAUGCUUCAAAUGUACUAUAUAUGAAUAUAAAAUAUAUAUAUAUAUAUAUGCUUUUGUAGGUCACUCAGUUUUUGCACAGAUUGUAAGGCUUGAUAUUUAAAAGUGUAAUUUUUCUUAUUCUGUCAUAGGUCAGCUUGUUUUUCAAGAUUUAAAGCUUCAGUUGGAAAAAAAGACCUCUUUUUGUAAGCGAUGUAUAUAGAUAUUUUUUUUCAUACCGCCACUUUUCCAUCUGUCCGAGAGCACCUUUUUAUUUCUAAUCUUUGAUUCAAGAUCCUCCUUUUAUUUGCUUAGGAAGUAGUUUUAAAUAUACAGGUGCUAGUGGGUUAUCCUUUUUAUACAUACGUUUUCUUUUUACAAAAACAAAAGAACAAAAACAAGUCUAUACAAAUAGAGUUGGCACAUGAUUGUGUUAUUUUAGGAUUUCCGACGUCUUGCCUUUUUGUGGGGUCAGUAUUUUCAGAACUUGACCUCCGUUUUCCCCCCGAGGUUUUAAGUGUUUAAAGUGUUGGUCAUUUAUUCGUUCAGCCAGUUACGAGUCUCUAAGAACCCGUCUUGUGGCUUUAGCCGUGUUGAUCUUCGAAGGAUGGCACACGAAAAGUGUCUUGAUCCUUUUUUCUUUAUUAUGUUGGGGUUUCUCUUUAUUCCUUGUUGAAUUUCCUGUUGCAGUUUUGACCUUGGAACAUAUGCUCAAUCCAAAGAUUUUUGUUUGUUGUUCAGCAGUGCUUAGAAACAGUUCAGUAUGUUGUACAAAUACUUGUCUGCUUUUACUGUUGCACAUUAAUGCAUAUUAAACACACGGAGCAAAGGUGAAUUCCAUAUAAUAUACCCUCAUAUGUAUGAAGUGGAUUAUAGGGGGUGUCUGGUUCUGCUGAGGUGGUUUAAAUCUUUGUUUUUUGUGUUUUGUUUUUUUUCUUCUCAUGGAUCUUGAGGCCAGUUAAUUUUGUGGUGCUGUUCUUUAACACGGGAAUGUUCCUUUAAGCUCAAAUGGAGGUUUCAUUCAUGAGAAACUUCAUUUAUGUCUCACAGCGACAGCCGGGAGUUGUUUUUCAAGCACCCUGCUUUAUAGUGUCGGUUAAUGAAUCAACAGAAAUCAAAAACAAAGUGAUGAGGAUGGGGAGAAAGUCCUCCUGGCUGAAGCUCCACAGCUCAUCUGGGAAACAGGAUCACAGGAUGUAAAAGUUAACGUCACUUUUUUUCUUACCUUGUUUCUUGAUGUUAAUAUUAAUGUAAAUACAAAUUUAUAUUUAAACAUUACAA